AUGGCCACCAGCUGGAUGGAUGUGGCCCAGGACACAGCCAGACUGUGCAGCACCAGUUCACCGCUAGGGGAACCAGAGAGCGCACAUGGGCCUGACCAGAAGCCGGCCUCAGGAAGGGAACUGGAAGCCAAGCAGAGGUCCCAGUGGGUGCGCAGAGGGGACUGCAGCGGCCAAGGCCUGAGGAGGCUUCCUUGUGAGGAGCGAACGCAGGGGCCGGGCGCGGGGCGGGGCCUCGGCGGGGCGGCCGCGCGGCUUCACCUGCCGCUGGGAUCCCGCGGAACUGAGGCGCGGGCCGCUGCGAGGUUGACAGACGCACCGGCCAGAGGGAGCGCGCCGCCGUUCCCACUUGGCCAGGCUCCGGGGAGCCCGGGCGGCGAGGGUGGCGGACGCAGCCAGGCUGGAGGUUCCGGGCAGGCGCGGGGGAGCGGUGGCGGCGGCGAGCGGACUCCGGACACCGGGCAGGCGUCUGGGCACGGCGCGGCGGGGAAGAUGACCGCGGGCUCCUGCUCCUCCUCCUGGUGCUCUCGCUCUCCGGCUCGCUCCGGCAGUUACUGUUGGAGCUGGAUGAUGCUGACCUCCAGGUGGAGAACAUCCAUGGCCAAGCCCUCAUUUUGAUGAACAGCAGAGUGGUCUCCAGCAGGGAAUUGGUCAAACCCAAGCUAGCUGAACCUAACAAAAAUUUUGAGAUGGUGUCUCAGCAUAUCAAAAUUGCCAACAUAAGUAAUCUUUUCAUGUACAACUCUUUCCCUGUGUAUGUGUAUCUAAACGAUAUAUGAUGAUAGACCAUGUGCAUAAAAUUUUUAAAAAUUAAAAUAAUA